AUGUCAAUACUGUCAUCCGAAGCCGAAUUUGAAAGUAGGCUCUUUAGUUAUACAGAUCAGCAAAGUAUAAACCAUCCAAGUGUCGAUUAUGAUUUCAAUUCCUCUUCUGCUUUUUCACAAGUCUCUGACAAUCGAUACAGUUCAAUGGAUUCAGAAGUGAUGAUAGAUCCUGAUCUGAACGCUUUUCAGCCUGCAAAAACAACAAUUUCAGAUAAGCUUGAAGAUGAAGAAGGUAGCGAGAGUACAGCAGAAAGUCAUUUUCAUAAUGAAGAUACUUCGUUAAUAGAAGGGGGGUCAACUAGACACGACAAGCGAGUGGUUGCUGUAUCUACACUACCGCAAGGAUUGUUUGAAAAUAAAUCAACAGUAGAAGAUCAACCUGCUAUCAAACUAAAAAAAAGGCAACACAUGUUAAGAGAGGUAGCUGAAGAGUAUAGACUGUUGAAGGAAGGAAUGAGCGACCAAUUACGAUCACUAGAGGAGCGGCUAGAUAGAAUAGAAAAGGAUUUAAUCCAAUCUAAAUUCAACAUCAUCGAAGUGCAGGAUAUGGGAAAGAAAUUUGAAUUUUUAUAA